AUACUGGACUAAUCAGGUCAAGGACAUGGGGCUUCAUUCUAGGUAACUCAGCUGACAUCUUCAUUAUAAAACCACACAUUUUCCUCUGACUCUGGGCAAUGACCUGCAUAUAUAAGCUGUUAGUCAUAAGGGCUGGAUGGGGCAGCAUCUCAAUCAUAUAGGGCACAGGACAAACCUCAGUAUCGCCAGCAAGAAUCCAUUACAGUUCAACAUGUAGUACCUCCAGACCUUUUCCCUGUGCCCCUGGACACCAAGGUCCAUCCCACCCUCAGCUGUCCAUCUUCUAGAGCAGGCGGUCUAGCCUCCCCAAACCAGAAGAACUUCCUUUUUAUAUUCAACCACCUGAUGGAUGUCCCUGAUCAGGUCCCUCAGCUGCAGAGCACAAGAAGGACCUUCAGGAUCCAGCUUUCUGUGAUGAGACUGAGGCCAAAGAAGAAGGAAAAAGGAGAUGUUCAGGAUCACGCAAUGAUUUGUGGCAAAACCCCAGCUAUUAAUAUAACACCUAUACAACUUCUAGACCAGUGCUUUUUCCACUUGAAAGGCCUUGUUAUCUGAGUUUUGUUUUUUGUUUUUUUUCUGAGACAGAAUCUCACUCUGUCGCCCAGGCUGGAGUGCAGUGACGCGAUCUUGGCUCACUACAACCUCCGCCUCCCGGGUUCAAGCGAUUCUCCUGCCUCAGCCUCCUGAGCAGCUGGGACUACAGGCACACGCUACCAUGCCCAGCUAAUUUUUGUAUUUUUGGUAGAGACGGGGUUUCACCAUGUUGGUCAGAAUGGUCUCGAUCUCCUGACCUCGCGAUCCGCCUGCCGCGGCCUCCCAAAGUGUUGGGAUUACAGGCAUAAGCCACCGCGCCCGGCCGUUCUCUGAGUUCUUAAGUGGGCAUAAUGUCAGUGAUGCCAGGGCCAUGACUGUAGGCAAGGGCUGGAACUGCAUGCCCUUUGGUGCUUUUACCCUUCCAAGUUUAUGUCCAGGAAUAUACAUCUCUCCCCAACUGCCUAAGUAGGUGCUAGUUGAUAUCAUGAUUGAUUUGGUCUUCUUGGGUAAGACCUCAGUUAAUUCUGGGUAAUUUUUUGUUUGGGGAUGAACUGUAGCCAUCCACCUAUGAAGAAAGUGUUGCUUUUAUUCUUUGCUAGGUUCCAUCCAUACCUGGAUGAGGAACAGCAAGAAUAUUUAUUUCCUCAUUUCCAUUUUACUAAUCUCAAUGUCUGGUCCUUCAGAAAAGAAACGAAUGGGCUAAAGAGAUAACUAGACUGGAAGAGAGGAGAAAAGUGUCAGAGGGGUGUUGGAGUAGGAUGGGUUGGAGGAAGGACAGGAACAGCAAAGAUGGAGGCUCUUCAUGCCGGCCCCAAUACCUUUCCAUGUCUUCUUUCUCCACCCCGAUACCCUCUGAUGUCCAGUGCCUGAGGAGCUGGGGCAGUAGGGACAUACUGAGAUUGCCCUCCAACCCCAUAAAUCUACAUCACUUUUCUAUUUUCCUGACUCAAGCUUCCAAAGGCUGGGUUCGGCAUCCCCAAAACCCAUCUCUGAAUCUCUAGGGCCUACCAUUGACUGCACAGAACAGGCAUUAGCGUAUGCUUCAAAAAGACAUCCCUGAGGAGCAUAAUAGUCAUACUGUCACCCUCUAGCCUAUAGUUUGCGAAGCCCUUUCCAGGCAGGACUUCAGUCGCCCCUCUUUGGAUGUCCCUAGGGUUAGGCAGGGCCGAAGCCACUAUCCCAACUCUACAAAUGAGGAAAAGCCAAGAGCCGUGCUGCAGGCAGCUGGCAGCUGGCAGCAGCACUCUUCCACAGAUCUCCUGACGAAGGUCGAGCACUUCUCUGCAUCUCCCACGGUCUCUGGCGCAGAGCCUGCCGGGAGUUGUAGUCCAGUGCCCCGGGAGCUCAUAUGGACUGGACUACAAUGACCAGCGUGCCCCGCGCUCCGCGCCCCCUUCUCUUUCAGCCUCGGGCGCGGGGGAGGCUCGGCGGACCUGCUGAUUGGGAACCGAUAUGGCGGCGACUCUGGGCAGCGGGGAGCGCUGGACGGAAGCUUACAUUGAUGCAGUUAGAAGAAACAAAUACCCAGAAGACACACCUCCUGAGAGUCAUGACCCCUGUGGCUGCUGUAACUGCAUGAAGGCACAAAAGGAAAAGAAGUGUGAGAAUGAGUGGACUCAGACCCGGCAGGGUGAGGGGAACUCCACGUAUAGUGAGGAACAGCUGCUUGGGGUACAAAGGAUCAAGAAAUGCAGAAAUUACUAUGAAAUUCUGGGAGUUUCUCGAGAUGCCAGUGACGAAGAGCUUAAGAAAGCUUACAGAAAACUCGCCCUGAAAUUUCACCCUGACAAGAACUGUGCUCCUGGAGCAACAGAUGCUUUCAAAGCAAUAGGAAAUGCAUUUGCAGUCCUGAGCAAUCCUGAUAAGAGACUUCGCUAUGAUGAAUACGGAGAUGAACAGGUGACUUUCACUGCCCCUCGAGCCAGACCUUAUAAUUAUUACAGGGAUUUUGAAGCUGACAUCACUCCAGAAGAGCUGUUCAACGUCUUCUUUGGAGGACAUUUUCCUACAGGAAAUAUUCAUAUGUUUUCAAAUGUGACAGAUGACACUCACUAUUACCGUCGACGGCACCGACAUGAGAGGACACAGACUCAGAAGGAGGAGGAAGAAGAGAAACCUCAGACUACAUAUUCUGCAUUUAUUCAGCUACUUCCAGUUCUUGUGAUUGUGAUUAUAUCUGUCAUUACUCAGCUGCUGGCUACUAAUCCCCCAUAUAGUCUGUUCUAUAAAUCAACUUUGGGCUACACCAUUUCUAGAGAAACUCAGAACCUGCAGGUGCCUUACUUUGUGGAUAAAAACUUUGACAAGGCCUACAGAGGAGCUUCUCUGCAUGACCUGGAGAAAACAAUAGAGAAGGAUUACAUUGAUUAUAUCCAGACUAGUUGUUGGAAGGAGAAACAACAAAAGUCAGAGCUGACAAAUUUGGCAGGAUUAUACAGAGAUGAACGAUUGAAACAGAAAGCAGAGUCGCUGAAACUUGAAAACUGUGAGAAACUUUCCAAACUCAUUGGCCUACGCAGAGGUGGCUGAGAGGAUAAUGGUCCUACGCAGGGCUGGGGUUUUGCUACUUGUUCCUAUUUAUGUUCCUGAUUCCAUUUUAUAAUACAAAACUAGGUAAUGAUGAACACUUUACUAUUUGCUAACUUCGUUGGUUGGGCAGAGUGGCAGGAGCAUGGGCACGAGAGCCAGAUGUGUCUUCACAGGAUCCUUCCUGGGGAGUGGCUCCAGGGGCCAGGAGUAGUUCAUCUAAGUUAAAUUAAUGGCAAGGCAUUGGAUUCAGUCUCCCUGCUCCAUGCCUACCCUGCCUAUGUGAAUGGAGUUCAGGGCAUCCCAGAGCAGAUCCAUGCUUUCUUCCUUCUUCCCUUCUUCAGUGAAGUCUUAAGAACCAGGCAUUCCUAGGCUUAGCCAAAGCUUAAUAUUAGUUAUUUACACUGUCUACCAAGAAUUAUACCUCUCCCUUCAUUAGAGUCAUCAUCUCCGCCAAGAUUUAGCCUUUGGAACAUGUUCCUGCCCAGCUUUCCAUUUUCUAGGGGAAUAUGGAGAAAUUUAAACUAUUGUAGUCAGUAGUUUUCUAUUAUUCCAAUCUCUGCUCAGUUAGUAGCAUUAGCAAACUGCCUAAUUUGAGAUUCCUUUAUUUCCUGAACCCUCUCUCUUUUAGAGAGUCCAGAAAUUAAAACUACUGAGCAGCAUCUGGAGGCGGGGGCCAGGGUGAAGGUAUAAUGCAAGACCGAGCCUCAUCUCCUCCACGAAGCCUCCCUACUCCAUCAUAGAACCCAGAGAAUGUCCCUUCGGUCAUUUCCCCUCAGUAUCAUCAUUGGUGUCAUCGCACUUGGGCUGAGUUCCUACAUCCCACAGAGGCAGAUGGUCAGACCCAGGAGGAGGCAUUGCCAGCUCUCCAGGCUGUUUGCUCAAGCCUAGAGAUAGAGGAGACAGAUCCUCUCUCCUUGGAUAUGGGGGUCUAGCUUUGGCCCCAGCAGCCACUUUGUUUAACCCAGUAUCCUAUAGUUUGUGAUUUGAGAUGAUUUUUCAUUCAUUCAACAUUUAUUGAGUGCCUACUAUAAAAGCAGGGGCUCUCACACAUAUUUUCUUACUUAAACCUCCUCACAACUCUGAAGUAGAUGUAUUAUCCCUGGUUCUAUGAAUGAGAACAUUGGCCCAGAGAGGAUGACCCAGGUCUUGUAGUGGCAGAGCAAGACGGUAGGCUGAGUGUCAAGUAGAAAGUGGGAGAGCAUCCUCAUGUCUCAGGUGAUUCUAGCCAGACUGGCAAAGCAGAACCUUUCCUGAGGAUGCCUCCGUCCUCCCCAACCCCAUGACCCCUCAUCUUUUCUGUGGCAAUCUUGCAUCUGUUCAGGACAACAUCCCUGCUGCUCUUUAGGAAGCAGGACCCUGUCUAACAUAAAUUCUGUACACAAAAUAAGAGGUCCCUCACAGGCAGGCAGCCCUCCCACUGGUGACUAGGAAGAAUUCAGUCACUGCCUGGGCUGUGUGGUUCUGGGCCUUCCUGUGGAGCUGAGCUGCCUGAAUUAUCAUGACUCUGAACUUGGAAGGAUCAUUAAGUGACUGUAGCCUACACUCCAUGCUUCAUAUUGGAAGAAAAGUUUCUGGUAGAGAGUCGGCCGGGUGCACUGGCUCAAGCCUGUAAUCCCAGCACUUUGGGAGGCUGUGGCAGGUGGAUCACCUGAGGUCAGGAGUUCAAGACCAGCCUGGCCAACAUAUUGAAACCCCAUCUCUACUAAUAAUACAAAAAUUAGCCAGGUGUGGUGGCACAUGCCUGUAGUCCCAGCUACUCGGGAGGCUGAGGCAUGAGAAUCGCUGCAACUUGCGAGGUGGAGGUUACAGUGAGCUGAGAUCACGCCACUGCACUCCAUCCUGGGCAACAGAGUGAGACUCCAUCUCAAAAAAAAAAAAAAAAAGAGUCUACAUUAAACAGAUUCCAAAGUAAAGUUUCUUCAUCCCAAUGCAUGGCCAUGAUUUACACAGACGUGCCUAGCAUGGCUUAUCAACAUCUGAACGGUUGUUCCCUACCAUGCCUCUGCAGGCAUUCCACAGAGUCAGGAGAUGGGUUCACAGGUAAAGAUUGGGGGCUUUAGUGGCUUGUAGGGGACAACUGCUCAGUUGCAGGGAGAGGGAGCAUUUCUAGAAAUAGCCAGAUUUUGCUGCCCAACUAGAUCUGUCCUCCUGGUUUUAGGGGGCCCUUCUUGAUCCCCCCUGAGUGACUGAGGGAGGUUACAUUGUAAAAUAUGUCCAUGAGCCAAACAGGCUUAUGGAAAGUUCUUCUACACACAAAAAAAUCAAAGCUCUCCUCUCCCCAUCCCCAACCACUGCUAGAAAAUUGGCCAUAAUGAAACUGACUUGACAGGUUAAAAGACCCUGUCCUAGAUGCCCAGGAAUCAGGUAGUCACACAUUUUAUGGACUUCAUGGCAGCGAUGAGUAAUCUGUGAUGAUACUAAAUAGAGGCAAUAAUAACUAACUCCAUUAAAUGUCAUGCUGAUUGUCUGUUUUUAUAGCA